CAGUCCGAGCCAAACUCUCAGAACUCCUCAAUUCUUAUCUCAUUACUCAUCUCAGCUCAGCUCCGCUAUCCCCGAAUGCCCCUAUCAACCUGCGUGGCACUGUCCCGUCUUCUCCUCGUCCAGUUAUCAUAUUCGACACUCCUGAAGUCCAGAGAUCCUGUGUGAAUGGUACCGGUUUUUAUAUGGCAGCCUUUCGCUAGUCCGGCACGAUCCGAGCAUGGAUAAACGACAUUCUUCACCUUCCCCCAGUGCCCCGAGUCCGCGACCCAGGGCCUUCAGGAACAGGAGUAAUUCACUGCCGAUCGUGGAAGCCCUAGGAUGCUCAACACCAGAGGCAGAGCUCAUCCUUGCGGAGGGAAGAGCUGCUGUGCGCAGCCGUUACGCCACUCACCGCCCCCGUGAUCGACGGGCUCUGCCAAACGCAGAGAGUGUGACGGCCUUCCGUCCGCAGGACCAUCUCCAGCACCUGAACGAAACGCAGCCGGUGAUGGAAGUUAUGGAGAGCUCAAGAACAGACGAUGAUUACACCUCCCAUCAUACACGGUCACCGUCACAAGGCACAGAUCGGACCAGCUCAACGAUUACUCCGACAGCCACCGCCUUUGCCGAAUCUGCAAAAUCCCCCAUCAGUCCUCUUUGGAACUAUUCCGCGAAUCUGGCCAGGUUUGUUCAAGCACAGCUGGAUGCAAUUACUUCUUACGACCCGAUAUCCACUUGCCACUCUGUUUCCGAACAUUCCGCAAAGGCCGAAAGGUCCCAAACUCGGAUCAGUACAGACAGACGAUCACUCGAAGGCCCUGGCGUUUUGGAAAUCCCCCCAGUUAGACCCCCGCUGCGCAGUGCCUUCUCUGCAUGGAGCUCGUCGGAUGAUGACACUGAGGAUGAGGCACAAGAGGAGUCCGAGCUACAACUGUCGAAGAGCUUUUCUAAGGACAGUAACACCCCAUACUCAAUCCUGCGGUACUAUGAGCAUGGUAGCGGGUCGUCGUUCCUCCUCACACCCACUCCAUUAGAAGAAGAAGAGCAACAAGCCCAGCAGGAGCCAAAUGUCCAAAGCUCGUCGAGUAUAGAAGGCAAGGCACCGACUACCGCCAUAAACUCCGAGCCCGACUGCGACUCAACUGUUUCUUCCCAUCACCCUAUCCUUACCACGUCGUCCACAGCGCCUUCCGUGUCGUCUAUCUCGACCCCGUCGUACUUCGACGGCAAGUGCAGCAGAGCGCUCCCGGUUCCCCGUCGUAUCAAGGACCGCCUUUUGGCCUCUGUGUCUCCUUACCGUGCCGGCGGCAAAAUAAAAGUUCUAGCAGCUGCAUCUUCGUUCGAGGGAGGUGCAUUAGCUAACGUACAUGACGGGUCCAUCGAGCCUCGGACGAAAGUACUCGUAGAUGGGCUGUCUUUUGACCUCAUGCGCAACUCCGCUGCACGCAACUAAGGCGUCCACCGAGAUUAACCGACAUCGCUGGGACGCAGGCAUCUCCGUCUUGUAAUAUCAGCAUUGCAUAUCGAGCGCAAGGCUUCCGGGUACCAGAGCAUACAGCAGCUGGUCUGUUUUAUGCCACGU